AUGUCGGAGGCCGCUUCUCAAAUCCCAGAAAAGUUCUUUGGGAGGUACGAAAUUGAUAGAAGCGAGAAUUUUGACGAGUUCCUGGCUGCCAAAGGUAACAAAAUCUCGAGAAAUGAGAAAAUUUGUAUGUAUAGGAGUGAGCUGGUUCGUCAGACAAAUGAUCAAGCUGGCCAAGAUUACCAAAGUGAUCGGCAAAAACACCAGUCCUGGAAAGUACGCUCUUCUAGAAGUUUUUGAAAUAUUUGCUAGCCUUUCAGGUACGACAUGGAAAACCUGACCUCGAAGAAGAACACUUUGUACCACGGAUGGGAGCUCGGAAAAACCUUCGAAGCAGAGGGACUUGAUGGUGUUCCACACAAGGUAUUCUAAACCCACUGAAUUUGCUCUGAAUUUACUUUUUUUAGAUCACAUUCUCGUUCAAGGACGGAGUUCUCUCGGAGCAUCACAUCCGUCUCAACGACCCAGAGCACAGUGCCGAGACCUACUUCUACACUAUUGAGGACGACCAACUUGUGAUGGUUAGUACUUAGUACUUUUCUCCCUGUUUUUCCCGUUUGAUUUAUUGUUCCUUUCAGAAAAUGGUCAACAAUGGAAUCACGUGCCGCCGUUGGUUCAAGCGAUCCAAGAAAUAA